CACUUCCCCCCUCUGCGGUCCACCGGAGCGUCCACGCAGACGAGCAGCGCUGACAGCAGGAGGAGACGUGAGGUAGAACCAGCCGACAUCCAAACCAAACGGAGCCGUACCCGCGGGUCCGAGUUAAUCCAGACUCCGGUCGCUUCCUGAAGUGGUUUACGCGGAAAUGGUUCACCUGAAGUUUUCCUUCCGACGGUGAAAGUUUUGAGUUUUGGAGAGGAAGGACGCAGCAGGGAGACGCUUCAAAUGGAGAGAGGCUGAAUCAAUCCUUCUGGAUCAUAAAAGUUCAUAAAGGGCGUAGCUCCAGUGUGAGUUGGGAUGUCAAACCGUGACUCGCUAGGGUUUGGGGACCUGCUUCCCCAGGAUGUGGUUGAUAUUUUUGCCCAGGAGAAGCACAGCAAGAGGGGCCGGAAGAAGCGCAGUCGCUCCCUGGGCCGGGCUCUGGGCUGGCUGAAGGGCAAGAAGAGGAAGGAUCUUGAUGCUAAGGGGCAGGGCCUGGGUCUAGGUCCGGCACUUGACUUGGCUUUGGAUGGGCACCCUGCUGGACACAAGGGAGGACAGAAGUCAGGAAGACAGGCUCAUUCACAAGGUAACAAUCAUGCUGUCCCAAAGCGAGAUGACGAUGACAAGACCCAGGCAACCCCGUUGUUCCAGGAGAACGUGUUCAUCGAGGCCAGCAGGCCAAAGUAUCUGGAGAACCUUCACUCUGAGGCCCUGGAGGGAUUGAAAAUGAUGCAGCAGGAAGAAACAAACAAUGGAGUGGAGUUCCAGGACAAUGAAAGCACAAUUUCGACAAUGACGGACCACACAGACGGGGAAGGUGGAGGGUUUAUGACAGACAGCACCAUUGCUGACACAUCUUCUGUCGUCUCUGUAAAAUCAUCUGCGUCCACAAGAUCCUCCCGCUCUGGACUCACCAGGCAAGAAUCAACAUUCAGGCCCUUGAACUCUGGGAAAAAGUCAGAAAAGACCAAGACAAGGAGAAGACACAGGAAGACUGUUGGGGGAAUCCCACAGCAUGUUCAGAGAGAACUGGGCCUGGACAGAGUGGGUUGGUCAGUGACGCAGAGGUUAGAUGAGGAACAUCCCUAUGAUGGUGAAACUGACGACAGCUCAACCACCGAUGGGCCAAAGCAGGCAGCAGAGUCACAAAAGGGAGCCAGUGCCAUCCUUCAGAAUCAUCCCCUCAACAAAGAACAACUCAAGCAGCUUGGUGACCAUUCUGGUCACAGGGAUGACCUGGCCCUGCUGUACCGCCUUGGCCCGAACUUCUCAGGUGAGCAGAGGCCUCGGUCCCUGGCCGUUCCCUGGAUGACCACUGCCAACAGCCUCCAUCACGAGGCGCCUAGCCCUGUCAUUACCACGUCACCCCAGGCCGCCUACAUGUCCAAAAUCAUUCCCAACGCUGUGUUGCCACCUUCCAUCGAGGUGCUGGAAAUAAGCCGUGGACGGAGUCGCAACAGCGUCCGCACCGUCAGCAAGAGCAGCCUGAUAUUGUCCAGUCCGUCCCCCUCCCGUGCUUCCUCUAGAGCCUCUUCGUCCAGAACCACUUCCUCCAGAUCCUCCAACAUCACCUCCGCAUCCCGCCAAUACCCUAUGAAUGUGUCCGACAGCUCUUGUUGGAGCAACUCUGAGUCUUCCGAGACCUUGGUAUCCGACUCCUCUACCAUCUCCAGGAGCAGCACCCCAAGACAGAUGAGGUCACAGGACGGAGAUGCAUCUGCUAGAGAGGACCAAAUCAGUGUUCACUCCUCCAUCAGCAAGGCUUCAAAACACACGUCAAAUGGCAAGCUCAUCAAGGGGGAGGGGGUUAAAAAAGAUGGGCCCUUUGUGCGUAGCCUCUCCAUCAUGAAACCCAAGAAGGCCCCUCCUCCUCCAAGCCGCUCCUAUUCCCUCCACAGUAAGAUGAAGCGACGGUCACGUGAUCUGGCAGAGCUUAGGGUCAACUCAAGAGAGUCCUCUGUCCAUAACCCCUCAGCUUCUGGUGAGGAAAAUGAAAAAAACAAAUCAGGAUAUUCUCCUGCACCCUCCAGAACCAUAGACAGCCCUGGAUACAAUGCUGACACCAGUUCUCUGGACGACUCCACAGGUUCUGCAUCAUUCAGUCCCUACAGAUCCCAGCUCCAGGCACUUAAGGCAGAAGAAGCUGCAAUGGUUGAGGACAUGGUUUCCAAAAAUGCUUCACAAGAGAAGCAGAAAGUACUUCAGGAGAAUAAGCCCAGCAUAAUAAUAUCCCCGUCCAGUGGCUACUCCAGCCAAGAUGGCGUAUCAUCACAGGUUUCUAAACAGCCCCACAAGAGAGGCAUCUUAGCAAAGCUCCAAAGGUUUUUUCCAGGCUCCACUCCUGCUGCUUCAACUGCAUCCCCUCUCCUGCAGCAUGAGCAUCUCAAACCUGACACCACAGUCGAUACGGCCAGCGCCAGCCCUUCUGUUAGGGCCUUGAGAGAACUUUUCAACAUCCCUCCGCCACCUAAGGUCCAUGCACCUCCACCCCCUCCUCCAGAGGUAUGGUGCCACAGCAAGCGUUCCUUUGAGCUGCUGCUGGGACCUCCGGCACCUGAUAACCUUUACGCUAUCAUAAAGAAGAAUCCAAAGGACAGGAGACAACAGAGGCAGUCCCCAUCUGCAUCUACAGACAGCUCCGUGAAGAGCUUAGUGAUAGAAAGAAAACACAAGAAUCCAGCUGUGACAGCGGAGUCCAUAAAUAGAUCCCUACAGAUGCUGGAGACAAAGAAAGUUCAAGAAAGUGGGAUUUUGAGUGCAGAGGUUCACAAAGAGAACGACAGAUUGGCUGAGCAGAUCAUUGAUUUGAAAGGAAACAGUAAAGUGACAGAAAAGGUUGAGAAAGUAAGAGCAAGUGACAUAAUAAAUGGGAUGUUGGUGAAGGCUGUAGAGAAACGUGAAGGAAGGCUGGAAGCAGUGAAAGAAGAAGAAGAAGCCAAAAAGAUAGCCACACAGACUUACGUGGAUACGUUACCUGCCAUUUUAUUAGCACGCAUUCUUCCUUCUCCCUCUCCUCCUCUGGUGCACCAUCCUCCCCAACAGACCGCUGUUGCUUCUGACACAUCAGUUGUUGUGUCCAACGAGUCGUCCUGGCCACUACCACCUCCACCACUGGCACAGGCAGGCCUCAAUGGACGUGAUGAGAUUGAUCUCCCUCUACCGCCUCCCCCGAUGUUCGGUGAGGCGGUGUUAGUUUUACCUGUUGAUGUUCUACCAGAGAGGUCCAUUCCUGGCGGGGACUCCUCUUCAUCAACUACGUCUGUUAUAUCAGUGGUUGAACCACAGAAUCCCAGUCCAUCCCAGGGUAUCGCACCUCCAACCCUGAAUAUCCCACCUCCUCCAACAUAUACAGCUCCCCCUCCACCAGUUAAAGCAGUCUCCCCUCCUACUUCUAAAAAGGUCUCUCCUCCACCACCAGCUAAGCAGGUGUCUCCUCCUCCUCCACCAAAAGAGCUGACUCCUCUUCCACCACUUAAAGAGGUGUCUCCUCCUCCUCCACCACCUAAAGAGGUGACUCCUCCUCCUCCACCUAAAAAGGUUACUCCUCUUCCACCACUUAAAGAGGUUUCUCCUGUGAGGCCCAAAGAGUCCUCUGCCCCAGUGGUUCAAGAGGUGCCCCCUCCCCUUGUUAAAGACGUCUCUGUCACAGUGGUUGCCGUAGUAUCACCCUCACCAGUUAAAGAGAUCUCCCCUCCACUGGUUAUCAAGUUCUCCCCUCAGCCUCCUACAGAUGUCUCCACUAUUUCCGUUGAAGAGGUUUCUUUUCCAACUACUCAAGAGAAUGCCUGUCAAUCCUCUGAAGAGGUUAGCAAGCUCACUCCACCACAAAGUAUUCCACCUCCACCACCCUUGCCGUCACAAACCAAGUCAGAACAGGAGAUUGAUCUUCCACAAGAGAGCAUCCCAUUCGAAUCCAGUGGCCCAGAUUCGUCUUACAGUAUUCUCACUCCCCCUCAGAGUAUCCCCCCUCCGCCUCCCGUACAGCCUCUCCUUCAUCCUCAGGUGGUAACCCAGAACACCGACGGUCCAACAACCCAGGAGUCCCCCCCUUUGCCACACUCUGAAGUUUCCAUCCCGUCAUCUGCUGAAAACUCUCCUUCUCCAGAAAAGACUCAUGAACCUGCUUCUUCUCCACCUGUAAACGUUCCUUUACCAGUGCAGGGUCCUACCAGCAUUAAGGACCUGCCUAGUCCUACAAGCACAGAAAACAAAGCCCCAGAACUGCCGUCUGACCCUGUUGUACAGGAGGAACCCGAUCCUAUUCUCACCCCUUCACCCAAUAGCAACCCUGAGACUCCUGAAGCUCAGGAGCAACCAGAGGUGGAGGUCACAAUGAGGAAGCAGCAGCCCAGCAAUCCAGUCCAAACCUCAUCUACCAGUGGUGAGGCUCCUCAGAAGCCUAUCAGGAAGUCUCUGAUCAUCAUCACUUCCACAUCUCCACCACCCGACUCUCCACCACCCACCUCGCCACCUGCCACUGUUACUACACAACCAGCUCUGCCAAAGUCCAAGUCUCUUUUGGUUCUACCUGCAUCUUCAUCUACAGCCGUCUCCCCUACAAAAAAGUCUCCUCCUGCCAUGACCGCCUCCCCUUCCAUGAACCUACAGGAGGCCAUCCGCCUGAGGACCGCAGCCAGAUCAAAGGCCAGCCCGCCAUCUCGCCUCAGCUUGAACUCUCCAACAUCACCGGUGGACCUCCAUAAAUCCCCCUCCAGCACGGCAAGCUUUAUCUUCUCCAAGAGCAACAAGAAGGUGGUGAUUGAGACCAAGCCGGCACUGGAAAUCAUGGCAACCGCAGAGAAGAAGCUGGAGGUGUCCUCUGUUACAAAGGGAGUCAAGGUGCCUCCACCUGUUGCAAAGAAACCCAAAUCAAAGGGUAAAGAGAUUGAGACUAGUGAAGAGACAGAGCAAACUGCCGAACAGGAAGCACUGCAAGAGAGUAUCAUGGAUGCUGCAGAGAAAACAAUUGAGACAGCAGGUACUGUUGAAGGAGGAGGGACGCCAUCCACAUGAUUGUAAAGACUGAAGGAGACCUGGGGAUGGACUUUACAACAACACUGAAAUUGCUGCGAGUUGGCCAUUGUGGGAGAGACAUGAAGCUGGAUGAGGAUAGAUGAGAUGCCUUUUUCAAAGAUUACAUUUUGAAAACCCUUUGAUUUUAAUGUUAAUGGUGUGGGUCUUCAUUUUCUAAAGUACUCAUUUUGCAUUUUACUAAGAGUGAUUACAGCAUAUUUUUCUUUUGCCAGAGGGUCCUCUGAGUUUUUGCAUUGCAAGAGAUGGGAAUACAUCGCCCUCUAGUGUCAGAUAUUGAUUGUACCACUGAUGUCCUGCUGAAUCAGAGCUUUAGUAAAUACUUGUAACAAUGGGACUUUUGGGCGCUCAUCUGUAAAUAUAGCACGAUUUUGUACAUUUAACAUAUCCAGUAAUGAUGGAUCUGUGCUAAGGAGUUCUGUAUUUUCUCCAAAAGAGUUUCCACACAAAUUAUAUUUGUUAAAAAAAUAUUAAUUAUCUUAAGUUAUUUUUCAUGUUGAGAGGAGGGUCUCUGCUGACAGAAUGUCUUCUUCGCAAUGUUGUGUUACACCCCAAUAUCAUUUAAAUCAAGUUGUAUGGCUCUUAAUCGUUUCCAAAAUUAUGUUCUUCUCAAGAAUCCCACGUAAUUUUUUAUGAUUUAAGGCUCUCCAUGUGCAUGAUCAUUAUUGUCCCAGAAACAAUGAGCAGACAUGUAAAAUUAUAUUACAGUUUUUAUUUUCUGCUGCUUUUAGUUAAGGCAUUGCCUUUCCUCACAGUUUUUGCUCAAACAGUGGGAUAUUUCUGUGUAAAACUAUAAUAUAUAGUUCAAACUGGUUUCAGACACUGUAAUGUAAUAAAUCAUUUAUAAUGGAAAGAAUAAAGAUUUAUGGA